CAACGACUGAAAAUCAAAAUAUAAUGGCAAGGAAAGAAAGAAAAAAGAUAAAACGAAAGCCGGGUCAUUGGACUGCAGAUGAAACUCAUUCAAACUAGAAAAAGUCUUCCUUAGUUCUCCUUCACCGAAACUCUGAAAUCCCCUUUUCAUCAAUCAUAUCAACAACAUAGCACAAAGAAAAAAAAAAUUUUAGUUUAGCACAAUCUUUGUGACAUUGGGGCUUUCUGGGUUCUUUUCAUUCCUUCAUUCACACGCUAGAAGAAUUCUUUGUUUGUUUUUUUAUGCUUUAAUCCCUUUUUGGCUUUUUACCUUUUUGUGUAUUCUUCUAAUCUUCAACUUAAUUUUCCAAGUUGAAGAGAAGUUUGAAAAAAAAAAUGGAGGUAGGAGGAGCUGAAGCUACUUGUUCAGGGGAAGAUGGAGAAGCUUCAUCUUCUCUGACUAAAGUUUCUGAAUCAUCCCUUGAAGAGGCCUUUGCAGAGCUAUCUUUAUUCAUGGAAAAAAUCAGCCCACUUGUUGAAGAAUUGAAGGAGAACAGGAUGAUGGAAAAAUCAGCCAUUUACAAAGCAAUUGAAUCACUGGAGGCAGAGUAUUAUCGGGCAAAGAUGCUUAUGAGCUGCUCUGCCAAUCAUUCAUCAAGCCCUUUGAGGCAAAUGGAAGAUGUCACACAAAACCUUGGAAGGUGUUUGGAUCUUCUGUUGGUUGCUGGAAAUGAAGUUUCAAUGGUUGAUAAGGAAAAGGUUGAGGCAUUGAGGCAAUCUCUGGUGAAUUCCAGGUUUGACUUGAUUUCAGAACGCGGAUCAGAGUUCUUCAAUGAUAUGGAAACAGAGGAUGAUUAUGAGCAGGAGAUAGUGGAGGAAAAAAGAUGCAGCUUCGGCGUCAAAGACGUGGUUUUCGGGCUUAACUAUGGGGAUGAUGAAGAAUUUACUCGGGCGCUCAUGGAGUUGGAUGGUUUGCUUAGAGAUAAUAUGAUGAGGGACGAUACAAUGGAUGAGGAAAGUGUUAUCCCGAUUUUGUGUAACCGGUUGAGCAUGAGUAAAAUAAAAAACAGAACAGUGAUGCUAAGAAUUCUAAGAAGCUUCAUUCAAAGGAAUGAUGAAUACAAGGUAAUGACAUUCUCUUUAGGUUGUUUUCUUGUUUGAGAAACUGUUUAUCUAAGAUUUUCGUGACAUACAUUUCCGUCCCAAAAAAAUAGUCGUGUUUUACUGUUUUAGCUCCAUUAAACAGUAUUAUGGCGAGUCUUUGUUACAUAAUCACUUCACAGUCCACAUGUAAACACACUUAUGACAUGUUUAUUGCAAGGUAAUGGAAUACAUCGUUAUUCACAACCAUCAGCUCACUAUGGAAAGGAAAGAAAAAAAAAAGUUUGUACAAAUAAGCAUUUGUGUUAUACUGUUUCUUUAGUUUGCAGGAAAGAAUGGCAGAAGCGGGAUUUUUGUCGGUAUUGGUGAAGUCGUUAGCGAGGGAUGACGAAGAGCAGCGGGAAGCUGUUAUACUGUUGUCAUAUCUUUCAGAUGUUCCAACAGUUGUAAGAAGAUUGGGUAAAGUUCGAGGGUGUAUUGUAAUGCUGGUUUCCAUUUUCCAUGGAAAGGAUGAAGAGGCAGCUAAUAAGGCGGAAAUGUUGCUGAAUGCCAUGUCAAAUAACACUCAGUACGUUCUAAAUAUGGCCGAGGCUGGUUACUUCAAGCCUCUCAUACAUCACCUUAAGGAAGGCUCAGACAUGAGUAAGAUUCUAGUGGCAACUGCGCUGUCAAGGAUGGUACUCAAUGAUCAAUGUAAAGCUUCCCUUGGAAAGCAUGGAGCCAUCGAACCUUUGGUACUCAUGUUCACCAAAGGAAAUCUUGAAGCCAAGUUAUCAGCCUUGAAUGCGUUACACAAUUUAUCCAGUUUGAAGGAGAACAUCAAACUGCUCAUCAGUUCUGACAUUGUGGUACCUCUGCUUCAGCUCCUCUUCUCUGUGACAUCUAUUCUUGUGAUUCUAAGAGAACCAGCUUCUGCUAUACUAGCAAUGAUAGCUCGGUAUGAAGAUGUACUUGUCAAACCGCAAAUUGUUCAGCAGAUGCUCUCACUUCUAAACCUUUCUAGUCCGGUUAUACAAUGUCAUCUUUUAAGUGCACUAACUAGCAUUGCUUCUCAUGCUAGUGCAGCUAGAGUAAGAAAGAAAAUGAAGGAAAACGGUGCUAUUCGACUUCUAUUACCACUCCUAAUGGAUGGUAAUUCCCAAAUCAGAACUGCUGUCCUAAACUUGGUAUAUGCAUUGUCAAAGGAUGAUCAAGAAUAUCUGGCACAACAACUGGAGGAAACUCACAUUCUGAUGAUUUGUGGUAUUAUCUCAUCAUCAGAUACUGAGAAUGAAAGGGCUGCAGCAGCGGGGGUACUUAGCAAUUUGCCUACAGAUGAUAAAAAGGUUACAGAUACGCUGAAGAAUGUAAAUAUACUGCCUACUUUAGUGUCUAUAUCGAGUUCCAUGCCAUCAUAUCCAAAACCUAGUGAAGUAUGGCUUGCUGAGAGUAUCGCUGCCAUACUACUUCGUUUCACAGUUCCCUCUGAUAAAAAAUUACAGCACUUCUCUGUGAAUCAUGGAGUGAUUCCUGCUCUGGUGAAGUUACUGACUUUUGGCUCGGUGCUUGCAAAAAGUAGAGCCGCAACAUGUCUAGCCCAGUUAUCACAGAAUUCGUCAUCCUUGGUGAAGUCCAGGAAAUCCAAAUGGUUCUGCACACCUUCAUCAGUAGUCGGACAUUGUGAAGUUCAUGAUGGUUCAUGUUCUAUCAAAAGUACAUUCUGUUUGAUCAAGUCCAAUGCCGUUCCUCAUUUCAUCCAAAUUCUUGAGGGUAGCGAAAGGGAAGCAGAUGAAGCGGUUCUGAGUGCCCUUGCAACUCUGUUGGAUGAUAAAAUUUGGGAGAACGGAACGAAUUUUAUAGCCAAGCAUUUAGGCACUGAAGUAAUCGUCAAAAUUCUUGAAUUAGGCAGCAUUAAGGCACAAGAAAAGGCUCUUUGGAUUCUGGAGAGAUUGUUUAGAGUUGAAUCUUGUCGAACGGCCGCUGCUAAAGCAGUUCUCAUUGGUCUGGCGCAAACUGGCGACCUAGAAUUAAAGCCAGGAAUUGCUAAGUUAUUGGCACAACUUGAGCUUUUGCAGGAUCAGUCGAGUUACUUUUGAAAUUAUUCAUGGUCUACUAAGGCAAGUUAUAGAGUAUCGUUCAUCAGCCCUUACUCUGAAAUGUUUUCUAUCAUAAGCCUUAUUGUCACAAAAACAUGUGCAAGACACUCCAACACUUAGAAUUUAAAAAUCAACAAUUCUUCAAACUAUGGCAUCUUCUGUGGAUUAAAAUUAGCAAAAUACGAACCUACUGGAAACUUGUUGAAUCCUUUCAAUCCCAUCAACUACGACCUUACUAGACAAGAACUUGGAAGUUCUUCGAUACAAUCAUCACUACGAGCAUAAUAAGGGUCCAUAUGAGGAGACGGCACACAUGAAUGUAUGAAGGAAACAAACAUGACUACAUUAUAAAAAACUAGGCACUACUUUUCGCUUAGUCCCAAAUUGGGAGAGAAUUUUGGAUGAGCGGAACCUCGCAAAAAUAACAGCACCUCAUUAAAGUUCAUGUAAAGACAACAGUUCAAUUCCGUACAUCUCUCCCAUUAAAUAUCAAAGUAAUCUCACAUCACAGUGAUAAUCCCGAUCUAAGUGAAGUAUCCAUGGGUAAACAAU